CCAUGUCGAUGGAAACAGUUCCCAAAGACUUACGAGGAUUAAGAGCUUGUUUGGUGUGCUCUUUGGUUAAGACAUUUGAUCAAUUUGAGUUCGAUGGUUGUGAUAAUUGUGACGAAUUUUUACGUAUGAAAAAUAAUAAAGACAAUGUUUUUGACUGUACAAGCUCUAAUUUUGAUGGUAUGAUUGCUGCAAUGAGUCCUGAGGAUAGUUGGGUUUGCAAGUGGCAAAGAAUAAAUCGGUUUUGCAAAGGCGUAUACGCAAUAUCGGUAUCAGGUCGAUUGCCAGCAGGUGUUAUAAGAGAGAUGAAAAGCAGAGGAAUAGUGUAUAGACCACGUGAUACAAGUCAACGAUAA